CCCGACACUCUCAGGGCCCUCUCGGUUACCGCCGGCCUGACUUAUGGAAAUGGCUCACAUUCGAGACUUCAGCUUACAGAAUGCCCGCAUGGACCCUGAGGAGCUUUUUACAAAACAGGAGAGAAUUGGGAAAGGCUCGUUUGGCGAAGUGUACAAAGGAAUUGAGAAUCGGACAAAGGAGGUGGUAGCAAUUAAAAUCAUUGACCUAGAGGAGGCAGAGGAUGAGAUCGAGGACAUUCAACAGGAGAUCACUGUGUUAAGCCAGUGCGACAGCCCGUAUGUCACCAAGUAUUAUGGCUCUUACUUAAAGGGCACAAAAUUGUGGAUAAUCAUGGAAUAUUUGGGUGGAGGAUCUGCGUUAGAUUUGCUCAAACCAGGGCCCCUGGAGGAGACAUACAUUGCAACAAUCCUCCGGGAAAUUCUCAAAGGUUUAGACUAUCUACACUCUGAACGCAAAAUCCAUCGAGAUAUUAAGGCUGCUAAUGUAUUACUCUCAGAACAAGGUGAUGUGAAGCUAGCCGACUUUGGGGUUGCCGGCCAGCUAACAGACACACAGAUAAAGAGAAACACUUUUGUUGGGACACCCUUCUGGAUGGCGCCAGAAGUCAUCAAGCAGUCUGCGUAUGACUUUAAAGCUGAUAUCUGGUCCCUUGGAAUAACAGCAAUUGAGUUAGCAAAAGGAGAACCCCCCAACUCAGAACUGCAUCCUAUGCGAGUUCUUUUUCUGAUUCCUAAAAACAACCCUCCAACUCUGGAAGGAAACCACAGUAAACCUUUCAAAGAAUUUGUGGAGGCCUGUCUCAACAAGGAUCCCAAAUUUAGGCCAACAGCAAAGGAGCUGCUAAAGCACAAGUAUAUCCAGCGCUACACAAAGAAAACCUCCUACCUGACUGAGCUGAUCGAUCGCUACAAACGCUGGAAAUCCGAGGGUCAUGGCGAGGAGUCCAGCUCCGAGGACUCUGAUCUGGAAGCGGAUUCCGAUGAUCGUGAUCAGUGCCCAGUCUGGACGUUUCCUACGGUGCGUCCCAGCACGCUGAGUAAGCUUCAGAAUGGAGCCGCCAUGCAGAGUUCACCCAAGCCCCAGGAGUCCACCAAACGACAGCCGAAAUCAAAGUGCUUGACGACGCUUGUCAAUCCAAUGUUCAGAGAGCUACGAGAGAAGCACAAAGUAAGUGGUGGGAAUUUGGGAGCCAUCGAAGAACUGGAGAAUGCGUUUAACCUGGCAGAAGAGUCGUGUCCGGGCAUUUCAGAUAAACUAGUAGCACAAAUGGUGGAGCGGGUACGAAGGUAUUCGUUACGUGGAUCCAGUAAAAAUUCAGCUCGAUGCAUCAAGUCACCCUUAUUUGAAGAUUCUCCCUGCUCUGGGUUCGUCCAGGGCACAAGCAGUAGAGCAGUUGCUUGCCGUCUGACCCAAAAGGCGUUUCAAGUCACAGGGCUCCUCAUAGAAUUAUCAUUGAAAUUGUGCCUGCCUUUGUCAAAUGAGCUUCCGUGUUCUCAGGCUGGCUUGCUGAACUGAAGCAAGGUGAACUUGAAUAGCAUCUCUUGCUGGUAAAAUGCCAUUGUGGGAAUUCAUGACAAUAAUUGACCCCAAAUAAUUUUCCAGCAUUUAAUUGACAGGAGGGAGGAUGUGAGGCGAGCGGCCCAGAAAAGUUUUUUUUUCUCUAAAAAAAAAUACAAAUUUAUCCUGCUUUGGUAACACCGGUAUUUUUGGAUACCUGGUUACAAUGUAAUCCAACACUAAACAUUCAACCCUGCCCUUAAAUUUUGGUGAGGAUUCUGACACCUCCAGGGGCUUCCCAAGCACCUUGUGACCCAGCCCCACAGAUAUACCCUGUCCAGCUGCAGUCAGGGGAUUCUCUCCCCACCCAAACAAACAAACAUCUUAACAGAAAAGUCAAGAUCCUCUUAACUUAGGAGAGGUUGAACAGGUUGGUUUUAUUGGAAUUUUUCAAAAAAAAUCAGACUUAUAGAAUCUUUCAGCACAGAAGGAGGUCAUUCGGCCCAUCUUGCCUGUGCCAGCUCUUUGAAAGAGCUAUCCAAUUAGUCGCACUCCCCCACUUUUAUCCCAUAACCCAGCCAAUGUUUCCUUUUUAAGCAUCUUUUGAAUUCCCUUUUGAAAGUUAUUAUCAAAUCUGCUUCCACCACCCUUUCAGAUCUUCUGGUUUUUAAGAUUUUAAAUAAGAGGUUAAAGGUACUGGAGGUUGUCCUGAUUUAGAAUCCAACCUGUUGCAACCUGCAAAAGUGAUUCUGUCGCUUUCAAAAUCCAACCUGCAGAAACUGUGGGUUAGCUGAAAAGACACUCUUAGUGGGGUUUCGACUUGUACGAUGGAGAAAUUACAAAGAGGCCCAUUUGCUGUUGCUCCACUCGGCCGAAGAGAUUUAAAAAUAUAUAUUUACUGUUGUUGAGAAUCCACAUGUUCAACAGCAUCUGUAGUUGUAAAAGGCAGAUGGAACCGGGGUAGUACCUGUGCACUAAAUCCCGACGUUGCUCUUGCCAGACUUCAGUCUUUCGCUUUCUAAAGGUCCGUUCUAAUGGCAACUAGAAUGGAUUCUGUAUCUCCCAAUGUUCAGAACUGACUGGUAUAAUUUCCUCAAGAUCCUUCCCUUCUGUUCUUUCCCCUUCCCACAAGACUAUUCAGGACCAACUGUAAAGGGAACUACUGACAUGGGAGGCAAUACUCAUGUAUUGUACUUGGACUUGUUGUUUUUCCAGGAAGCUCUUUGAGACCCAGAGGAUUCUAAGAACUGUUUGGGUGACUCACUCAUUGUUGGUCAACAGUUUCCCCAGAACAGAAGAUGUUCUUCAGAGAAUCAACGCAACUAUGCUUUUCCUGCAUCAACGCAACCAUUCCCACUGCAUAACAAAUACCCCAAGCAGAGCAGGAUGUUCAAUAAUAUUGACUGCAUCACCUGGUCUUUCAGAUUCCCUGGUGUUGCCUUUUUAAUCAGUCAAGCUCAGAACUUUAUCCCAGGAAGUUUCUUUGCAUCACUUCCUAUCACACACUAAGCAUCAUAAUAUCUGGUGUAUAAAUCCCAUUAUGUUUCAUAUUUAGUUUAUUUUGGGUAAGUACAUUGUUAGGCAGAAAAGUUAUUGUGCAAAGAGGACGGUGCCACUUAAUUUCCUACCAUUGGAGUUGGAUUUCUGCACUGUGGGGUUUGUGGUUUGUCUUGGCGUCUGAUGUACAUGUGCCACAUGGCUUUUUCUCUUUCCUACCUCGUAUUGCGAAGGGAAACAAGUAAUGGUAAUGCUAUAAAACUACCUAACCCAGAUCUGCACCAUGCAAAAGUCCACAUAUAAUGCUGCUAUGAACUAUUAUGAGCAGUGAUGUUUGCACAUACACUAAACUAUUCAGUGCAAUCCUGGUACAGAUUCUAUAAUAACCAGAAUGUGAAUUGGUGCAGUGGGAAGAGCAGAGACCAAAGAAACAAUUGAUGUAGGAACCUGAGAAAAAGUCUUGUGCCACAGACGAUGUUAGAGGCCUCUUACCCAGCAUUAGUGAAGAAUGGAAUUGUCUGUGAUCCAUUGUACAAUAAGGGAAUCCUUGCACACCGGAUUUUUAGAGGUACUGUUGUAACAAUUUCAGUUUGUAUAAUCAUACAUAGAACUGACAAGUGUCAAAAUGUAAAGUUUUUUUUAAAAAAAAGUAGGUUUUGGUCUAUUCACUUAACACAAAGUGAUGGAAAAUAAUUUCUUAAGCACAGCUUUGGACAAGAAACCCUCUUUUGGAGGUUAUUGGCCAAUGCCCAGCUGUUCCAUAUGCUAGAUCCCUUUCCUUGUUUAGAUAAAAACUGCCUAGGAGUUAAAGGUAACUUACCCAUUGGUGUGCCCUGUUCGUAUUUAACUGGAUGGGUUGUUUGAAAUGAAUGGAGUGAGCGUAAAGAGCUGUAGUUUUUAAUCUACAGCCUUAUCAGUGAAACUCAGGAUUGUAUUCCUGUAUGUCCAGUGUUUGUAAUACUGAGCGUAUUAACAGUGUACAGUGCACACAUUGGCCCACGCUUCCCGCUUAUUACCUAUUUUAAAGUCCCACUUAAGUUUGGUUGUAGUUAUUUAUGGUGAAGGAGCAAUGAUGCACUUGUAGCAAGCUAGCCAGGUGCGUUUUAUAUACCGUGUACGAGAGAAAAUAAACUGAGAAUGGGCCA